GAGAAGCAGCUGAACGAGGAGCCCGUUGCAACUAUAAACUAACUGCUGCUGCGACUGCGGUCGGCGUCUCUCUCUCGGUUCUGCUCUUCUCUUCUCCCUUGUCUGCUAAUCGAAUUCUUGCUCGACCGGUCCCGAUCCUUCCUUCCUUCAAUGUCGGGGCCGUUCGGACCAGGCGAGUCAGGAGCACCGAUCGAGCUUCCUUCCAUUCUGCUGUUCUUGCCCGGCCUCGCGAAUUUCUCUGACCAAAUUUCGGCCUCGUGCUCGCUCGAACGAUUUGCGCCAGUUCACCGAUUUUCCGGACUCUGACAAGGGAAACGAUGGACUCUGGACUCUGGACUCGGAUCAUCCGGAGCCUGACGAAAUACUGAGGUGUAAACAAACGAACGCACGUGAGGGGAUGGGUGGGUGAAUGAGUCGAGGCAGAAUCGUUCAGCAGGACACGAUGCGCUUGGAGCCUCGCCUUUGAUGGGAAGUCUCCAAAGAUCGAUCAAUUGUGAGAUUUCGCGAGCGCCUGCCCGAUCGCUCGUGAGCAGUUCCCACCGAGUUAGAGAUCGAGAUGUUUGAGAUCGUGGAACGACUUCUGAGCAUGCUUCUCAGUUCGCUUCUCUGGCCCGUGUCUGUCAAGGACAGAUGAAACUGCCGUGGGUUCCUCUGAGCGUCAUGAAGGGCGUGGCAGGUCUCGCUGCCGCCGUCGAGUGCACCUCCAACCGCCCCUACAGAGCAUGCGGAAGUCACCUGGACUGCUGCAGGAUGCCCUUGCAUUAACGAACUCUGCCCUCGCUUCCGAAAUCCUCAUCGCCCGUCUUCGUGCACGAGUGUCUGCGAGGCAAGAUUCCAGAGCUGCAAAGUCCAGUGGCUCGGAUUUGCAGACCAGCUGCAACUGAAAUGGCUCGAACGGGAGAAGCGAGCAUUGAUCUCUACGAAGCUGAUUUGGAGAAUUGCUGGAAGAUCGACGGCAGCGAACUGAGUCUGGACAAAUCACCGAGUCUCAGAAAGGGAGUGGACGCACUGCCUGCAUUGGCCAUAACAGCCCAUCAUGAACUGGAAGAUCCGACUGCGUCGCUUCCCACUUCUACCAGCGAUCUGGACGAAUGUUGUGGAGUUGGCGAGGCAUUGACAGUGGCUGAAUUCGAGUCCCUUGACCAACACGGGAAGCGAGACAGCGGGCUCGGGGCGUGCGAGCGCGACAAGGAAAGUGGGGCAGCUGCCGAUGAGAAAAUCCACCAGGUUUCCUUUUACAGGCUCUUCUCAUUUGCCGAUGGUGUGGACUACUUGCUCAUGGGCUUCGGGACGCUCGGAGCUUGCACUCAUGGAGUGGCUGUUCCUGUCUUCUUCAUUUUCUUCGGCAGGCUCAUCGACGCAUUCGGAGCCAACUACAACAAUCCCUUCCGAAUGGGCCAUGAGGUUUCCAAGUACUCUUUGUACCUGUUCUACUUGGGACUCGUCGUCAUGGGCGCAUCCUGGCUAGAGGUGUGGUGCUGGAUGCAGACAGGCGAGAGACAAUCAGCUCGGAUGCGAAGCAUGUACUUGAAAGCGGUUCUCAGUCAGAAUAUGACCUACUUUGACACAAGAGGAACGACGAAUGAAAUCGCCACUCGCAUAGCAAAUGACACUGCCCUCGUGCAGGAUGCCAUCAGUGAAAAGGCAGGGAACUUCCUGCACUUCACGGCGAAAUUCAUAGUGGCCUUCGCAGUGGGCUUCUGCUCAGUUUGGCAACUCUCACUGAUCACUCUGGCAGUAGUGCCUGCCAUUGUGAUGUCCGGUGCUGCUUACACUGUGAUAAUGACUGGACAUGCGACCAAGGGACAGAAGGCGUACGAAGAGGCUGGGAAGGUGGCAGAACAGGUGAUAGCUCAAGUGCGGACAGUUUACUCCUUCGUUGGAGAGGCAAGGGCUGUCAAGGAUUACUCGACUGCACUUCAGACGACGUUGAUCCUCGGCAAGAAAUGCGGAAUGACCAAAGGUGUGGGCCUAGGAGUCACAUACGGUCUGUGCGUGGGAGCAUGGGCUCUGCUGCUCUGGUACUCCGGUGUCUUGGUCCGUCACGGAACGACUAAUGGUGGCAAGGCAUUCACCACCAUUCUCAACGUCAUCGUGGGUGGAAUAGCUCUGGGUCAAGCCGCCCCAAAUUUGACCGCCUUCUCGAAAGGAAGGGCAGCAGCGUACAACAUCCUGGAAAUUCUCAAAAGGGGGCCGCCUCAAGACGAGCAGGCGGAAGACGAGGGCCUGACUCUGGAGAACGUCGAGGGCCGUAUCGAGUUUCGGAAUGUUUGCUUCAACUAUCCAUCUCGACCCACUAUGCCUGUGUUUCAGAACUUCUGCUUGCAACUUCCAGCCGGGAAGACUGUGGCCCUUGUGGGCACCAGUGGCUGCGGCAAGAGCACCGUGGUCUCACUCCUCGAACGCUUCUAUGAUCCGAACUCAGGGGAAGUUUUGCUCGAUGGUCACAACCUCAAGACUUUGCGACUCAAAUGGCUUAGAGCUCAAAUAGGACUCGUGAAUCAGGAGCCCGCGCUCUUCGCAACAUCGAUCAGAGAAAACCUGCUGUAUGGUAAGAACGAUGCAACCGCCGAAGAGAUCGUCGAAGCUGCCAAAGCCUCGAAUUCCCAUUCCUUCAUCAGUCAGCUGCCUUUCGGUUAUGACACACAAGUCGGAGAGAGAGGCAUUCAGCUAUCAGGAGGGGAGAAGCAACGCUUGGCUAUCGCCCGAGCGAUGCUGCGGAAUCCCAAAAUUUUGCUGCUGGAUGAGGCCACGAGUGCGCUCGAUCCGGAUUCCGAGCAGGUCGUUCAAGAAGCACUGGACCGCCUCAUUGUCGGUCGUUCCACUAUCGUCAUAGCACACCAGCUUUCCACCAUCCGAAAUGCGGAUUCCAUUUCGGUGAUAAGACAAGGGAAAGUCAUCGAGACAGGAACCCACAAUGCACUCAUGAGCAAAGGAGAACGAGGAGUGUACGCCUUGCUCGCCAGGUUGCAGGAGGCGGGGCACCAACGAGGCCAUGCUGGGCAGACACAGGCGACACAGUCCACUCAGAGAACUUCAAAUUCUCGAGAAGUCCCGUCAGUGGAGAGGAGAACCUCUUUCAAUGAGUCGGAAAUCAACCUCGAAGUGCAAGAGAAGAAGCCAGCCGAUGUGGGAUGUUCCCAGCCAGCACUGUGGCGAAUGCUACGUCUGAAUAAACCCGAGUGGCACUAUGGCGUCCUGGGAGCCAUUGGAGCAGUUUUGGCUGGGUGUGAAUUUCCUCUGGUUGCUCUCACGAUCGGCCAACUCUUAGUGACCUUUUAUGUUCCGGACAAAGUGUACAUGGAACAGCAGGUGCACAGAUACACGCUGUUCUUCACGGGCGCGAUCGGUGUUGUGGUGAUCGCCAACAUUCUGCAGCACUAUUUCUUCGCUGCCAUGGGAGAAUGCCUCACCAAGCGCAUCAGAGAGAUGAUGUUUACAGGAAUACUACGCAAUGAAAUCGGAUGGUUCGACAAAGAUCAGAGCAACAGCUGCAUGCUGGCCUCACGACUGUCCGUAGACGCAGCCUCGGUCCGGGCUGGCAUCGGAGAUCGCAUCUGCACCGUGAUGCAAAACAUGUCGUUGGUCAUCACAGCUUUCGUCAUCGCCUUCAUCCUCGAGUGGCGAGUGGCAUCGGUCAUGGUUGCCACAUUUCCUCUACUCAUAGUCGCCUUGGUCGGCGAGAACUUCUUCCUGAAGGGAUUCGGGGGAGAUUUGCCCAAGGCGUACGCGAGAGCAGGGAUGGUGGUGGGCGAGGCGGUGGGCAACAUCCGCACGGUGGCGGCGUUCUGCGCCGAGGAGAAGGUGCUGGAGCUGUUCGAGAGGGAGCUGCAGGUGCCGAGGAAGAAGACCUUCGUCAAGGCGCAGGUGUCGGGGCUCGGCUACGGCAUCUCGCAGUUCUUCAUGUACAGCUCGUACGCGCUGGCGCUCUGGUACUCGUCCACGCUCGUGAAGAAGGGCGAGACGGCGUUCGGCAACGCCAUCAAGAUCAUCAUGGUGCUCAUCUUCGCCGCCUUCGGCGUGGCCGAGACCAUCGCCAUGGCGCCAGACUUCGUCAAGGCCGGCCAGGCGCUGGGCUCCAUCUUCCAGAUCCUCGACCGCGAGACGGAGAUCAACCCCGACGACCCCGAGUCCGAGAUGGUGACCGAGGUGCUGGGCGAGAUCGAGUUUCGCCAUGUCGCCUUCAGCUACCCGAUGCGCCCCGAGGUGUCGGUGUUCAAGGACUUCAACCUGCGCGUGCGCGCGGGCAAGAGCUUGGCGCUCGUGGGCGCCAGUGGCUCCGGCAAGAGCUCGGUGGUGGCGCUAAUCCAGCGCUUCUACGACCCGUCCUGGGGCCGUGUGCUGAUCGACGGCAAGGACAUAAAAAAGCUCAACCUGCGAGCUCUGCGCCGGCACAUCGGCUACGUGCAGCAGGAGCCGCCGCUCUUCGCCAGCAGCAUCUACGACAACAUCGUGUAUGGCAAGGAGGAGGCGACCGAGGGCGAGGUCGUGCAGGCCUCGAAGACGGCCAAUGCGCACAAUUUCAUCAGCGCUCUGCCCGAGGGCUACCGAACCGAGGUGGGCGACCGGGGCGUGCAGCUGAGCGGCGGCCAGAAGCAGCGAGUGGCCAUCGCCCGAGCCGUGAUCAAGAACCCCGAGAUUCUGCUGCUGGACGAGGCCACCAGCGCUCUGGACGCGCAGUCCGAGCGCCUGAUCCAAGAAGCUCUGGACCGCAUCGUGUCCAACCGCACCACGGUCGUCAUCGCGCACCGCCUCAGCACCAUUCGGCACGCCGAUGUGAUCGCCGUGAUGAAGGACGGGCAGAUCAUCGAGCAGGGCACUCACCGUGAGCUCCUGAACAUGAGUUGCGUCUAUGCCAAUCUGAUUCAGUUACAACAGCACCGCCACAGCCAACAGAUUGUCGACAUGUCCCUCGACACGUAGCGCGGCUGUCCUCUCCAUCAUCCUCCUUCUGCCAUGAGACGUUUGUACUUGUACCUUCUGCCGACCCAGCCCUCACCUUCGCGUUCCUCCAUUUCUCAGCUGCAACUCUCCAAUGCUGGUCAAUAAAUUCUGAAUCCAAUUUUCACCUCCCAAUCAACGCUCCGUCAAUUCGCUUCCUCGUGCAAGUUACGUGAAUGCCACAGACAUCCGACCCUUAUGAUGAGCUCCCAACCGAAGCACACGAGAAUCUGCGGCGUGUGCCAGGCCAAAGGACCACGUCUCCGUUCAGUUCAACCAUGCUCAACAUCGUCGCUGGUCUGUCACAGCCACUCACCCAAAAGCACACGUCUCGUGCUCGUGCCGAAUUACAACUCGAGCGUGACGUUUGACCAUGUCAUGAGACGGACAAACGACGACUGCGAAAUGUUCUCGUUCUCAGACGAGGCUCGACAGAAAAAAUCAAUGUUGGAAACAGCGAAAUCACAUCCAACUGAGGCUGAAACGAGCUGCAACUGAUCUCAGUGUGAAAACGAAAGGACAUACUCUGGACACAUCUGGACCGAUCUCUGCGGUGAACCUCACACAAAGACUGCUGCUUCUGAACAGCUCAGUGACAGACCUCCUCAGAGGGGAAAGAGAGAGAGAGCCAUGGGUAAAUGUAUCUUCGAGAUAUGACAAAUCCGGUUUGGAAUGGAGCUAAGAAAAAUUCGUGCACGACGGAUAUCGAGCUUGCUCAUUACCGGAACCAGGGGUACGACUUUGAGAUUGUACAAACUUCCUUCAUCCAGAACACAUUCUGAAAAUUCAUCGAGGAAAUAGUUCCCCUCUGUUAUUUUAGGUGGUGUUGUUUACUCGAAUUUCAGGUCAGGCCAUGCAUCAGCAGUGAGAAUCUUCGAAGUGAAGUCUACUUGAGCGCAAUUCUUGUCAAACAAUACUUCAAAGAGAACAGUAAACUUUGUUUGUUGGACGAAUUUGUCCUCGCUCUGUGGUCUUUGCUGGUUGAAUGCGACAAGCAGCCAAAAUUCCAACCAUUUAAGACA